AUGCCGGGUCACCACAUUAACCAUCUGAAUGUGGUGAAGCUCUUCGGGUGCUGCUUGGAGACAGAGGUACCGUUGCUGGUGUAUGAGUUCAUCUCCAAUGGAACCCUUUACGAUCAUCUUCAUGUCGAAGAGCCUAAAGCAUCAUUGCCAUGGGUGGAUAGACUCAGAAUUGCUACGGAGACCGCGAGAGCCCUCGCAUACCUUCACUUGGCCGUGGCAUUCCCUAUAGUCCACCGAGAUGUCAAGUCUCAGAACAUUCUGUUAGAUGGCACUCUCAUAGCGAAGGUGCCGGACUUUGGAGCUUCGAGGUGCAUCCCGGUCGAUCAAACGGGGGACGAUACCGCCAUCCAAGGGACAUUCGGGUACCUAGAUCCCAUGUACUUCUACUCGGGACAGCUCACUGAGCAGAGCGAUGUUUAUAGCUUCGGUGUUCUCCUCAUGGAGCUGCUCACAAGGAAAAAACCAUGCUCCUAUCGUUCGUCUGAGGAGAAAAGCCUAGUUGCCUGUUUCACCGCUUUCCUCGCAAAAGGUGACCUCAUCAGUCUGCUCGAUCCUCAGGUCAUGGUAGAAGGAUGCAAGAAGGUUGAAGAAAUAGCUAUGUUGGCAGCAGCAUGCGUGAGGAUGGAAGGUGCCCAACGGCCGACCAUGAGACAGGUGGAGAUGAAACUCGAGAGCCUUCGAGUACCCCAUGAAAGUAUUGUAAUGUGCAACAUGGAUGCACCAAGUCAUACACACCAAAGUGGAACGGUGGUACUCCUGUAUCUAGUACAUGCCUUCAAAUAA